GUCAAGAUGGAAGAGAUCCUGAAGAAACUGCAAAAGGAGGCGUCAGGGAGCAAAUACAAAGCCAUCAAGGAGAGCUGCACCUGGGCCCUGGAAACCCUAAGUGGCCUGGACACGAUUGUCAAGAUCCCUCCACACUUGCUGAGGGAGAAAUGCCUGCUGCCUCUCCAGUUGGCUCUGGAAUCCAAGAAUGUGAAGCUGGCCCAGCAUGCUUUGGCCGGAAUGCAGAGGCUUCUUUCAGAAGAGCGGUUCGUAUCCAUGGAAACAGACUCCGAUGAGAGGCAGCUGCUCAAUCAGAUUCUGAAUGCCGUGAAAGUGACGCCUUCGCUCAACGAAGACCUGCAGGUGGAAGUGAUGAAGGUUUUACUGUGCAUCACCUACACUCCCACAUUUGACCUGAACGGCAGUGCUGUGCUGAAGAUAGCUGAGGUGUGCAUAGAGACGUACACACGCACCUGUCACCAGCGUAGUAUAAACACUGCCGUAAGGGCGACCCUCAGCCAGAUGCUCAGUGACCUGACGCUGCAGUUGCGACAAAGGCAGGAGAACACGAUAAUUGAAAACCCAGAUGUUCCGCAGGAAUUCAGGAGUCAAGGGUUAACAGUAGAGGCCCUCUGUGACGAUGUUGUGUCUGUCCUCACGGUCCUGUGUGAGAAGCUUCAAGCCUCCAUAAAUGACGGCCAGCAGCUACAGCCUCUAUACCUGGAGUGCAUCCUCUCCGUGCUCAGCAGCUCCUCCUCCUCCAUGCACCUGCACAGGGGGUUCACUGACCUCAUCUGGAAAAACCUCUGCCCUGCUCUCAUCGUGAUCCUGGGGAACCCCAUCCAUGACAAGACGAUCACCUCGGCUCACAGCAACAGCACAGGCAUCAGUGCGGACGCAGACUCUGCCUCUGCGGGCGUGUCUGACCACGGUCGGGGCUCCGGCUGCUCCUGCACGGCGCCAGCCCUCAGCAGCCCCGUGGCACGCACUAUCUACUACCUUGCAGUCGAGCUCAUCCGCCUGGUGGGGUCGAUGGACUCCAUGAAACCCGUGCUGCAGUCCCUGUAUCACCGAAUGCUGCUGUAUCCCCCGCCCCAGCACCGCGUGGAAGCCAUCAGGAUCAUGAAGGAGAUACUGGGAAGCCCACAGCGCCUCUGUGACUUGGCAGGACCCAGCUCCACUGAGCCAGAACCCAGAAAAAGAUCGGUUUCGAAAAGGAAGUCCCACUUGGACCUUCUCAAACUCAUCAUGGACGGCAUGACGGAAGCGUGCAUCAAGGGUGGCAUCGAGGCGUGCUACGCUGCGGUGUCCUGCGUCUGCACCUUGCUGGGCGCCCUGGAUGAGCUCAGCCAGGGCAAGGGCCUGAGCGAAGGUCAAGUGCAGCUGCUGCUCGCGCGCCUCGAGGAGCUGCGCGACGGGGCCGAGUCCAGCCGCGACUCGGUGGAGAUCAACGAGGCCGACUUCCGCUGGCAGCGGCGCGUGCUGUCCUGCGAGCACACCCCGUGGGAGGCCGGCCACGAGAGGAGCCCCGAUAUCAGCAUCAGCGUCACCACGGACACGGGCCACACCACGCUGGAGGGAGAGCUAGGGCAGACGACUCCCGAGGACCGCCUGGAGCACCACAAGAACGGGCUCAAGUCGCCAGCCAUCCAGGAGCGCAAGGAGACCUCGAGCAAAGUGCCCGAGCCCGAGGCCAUCGACCAGCCCGACGUGGUGCAGAGAGGCCACACGGUCGCUUACCCGGACAUCACGAACUUCCUGUCGGUGGACUGCAGGACGCGGUCCUACGGGUCCAGGUACAGCGAGAGUAACUUCAGCGUGGACGACCAGGAUCUGUCCAGGACGGAGUUCGAUUCCUGCGACCAGUAUUCCAUGGCGGCCGAAAAGGACUCGGGCAGAUCCGACGUGUCAGACAUCGGAUCAGACAACUGCUCGCUGGCUGAUGAAGAGCAGACCCCGAGGGACUGCCUGGGCCAUCGGUCCCUGCGAACCGCAGCCCUGUCCCUCAAAUUGCUCAAGAACCAAGAGGCUGACCAGCACAGCGCCCGGCUCUUCGUGCAGGCCCUGGAGAGCCUCCUGCCCCGGCUGCUGGCUCUGGCCAGCGUGGAGGAGGUGGACCUGGCUCUCCAGAACUUCGCUUCCACCUUCUGCUCAGGCAUGAUGCGCUCUCCUGGCUUCGACGGAGGCAGCAGCCUGAGCUUCCGGAUGCUGAUGAACGCCGACAGCCUGUACACCGCAGCUCACUGCGCCCUGCUGCUCAACCUGAAGCUCUCGCAUGGCGACUACUACCGGAAGCGCCCCACCCUGGCACCUGGCAUGAUGAAAGAGUUCAUGAAGCUGGUGCAGAGCAGCGGGGUGCUCACGGUCUUUUCCCAGGCCUGGAUCGAGGAGCUCUACCACCAGGUGCUCGACAGAAACAUGCUGGGAGAAGCCGGCUACUGGGGCAGCCCAGAGGACAGCAGCCUGCCCCUCGUCACCAUGCUCAGAGAUAUUGAUGGCUUAGAGAGCAGUGCAAUUGGCGGCCAGUUGAUGGCCUCAGCUUGUAUGGAAUCUCCUUUCGCCCAGAGCAGGAGGAUCGAUGACUCCACAGUGGCAGGGAUGGCAUUUGCUCGCUAUAUUCUAGUCGGCUGCUGGAAGAACUUGAUUGACACUCUCUCCACCCCCCUGACCGGUCGGAUGGCAGGAAGCUCCAAGGGCCUGGCCUUCAUUCUGGGGGCUGAGGGCAUCAAAGAACAGAACCGGAAGGAGCGUGAUGCCAUCUGCAUGAGCCUUGAUGGGCUGCGGAAAGCAGCCCGGCUGAGCUGUGCGCUAGGGGUCGCUGCUAACUGCGCCUCGGCUCUUGCUCAGAUGGCGGCUGCUUCGUGCGUGCAGGAGGAGAAAGAAGAGAGGGAAGGUCAGGAACCCAGCGAUGCCAUUGCGCAAGUGAAACUAAAAGUGGAGCAGAAACUGGAGCAGAUGGGGAAGGUGCAGGGGAUGGGGCUGCACACAGCCCACGUCUUGUGCAUGGAUGCCAUCCUCAGCGUAGGCCUGGAGAUGGGAAGCCACAACCCGGACUGCUGGCCACACGUGUUCAGGGUGUGUGAGUACGUAGGCACGUUGGAGCACACCCACUUCAGUGACAGCACCUCCCAACCCCCUCUGAGCCUCCGUCAGCCCCAGAAGACACCCGGGGGCUCUGGACUCCUUGGGGACCUCGAGUGUGAAGGUUCACCCCAGGAGCAGAACCUGGAGCAGGGACAGUCCCUGAGCACAGCCCCUGUGGCCCAGCCUCGUUCUGUCCAAGAGCUCAUCCAGGAAUGCAGCCGCGGCCGCGCCUCGGACUUUCGGGGUGGCAGUCUAACUGGAAGCAGUGCCACCAAGGUGGUGCUCAGCCUGUCCACCCAGGCUGACAGACUCUUUGAAGACGCCGCAGAUAAGUUGAACCUAGUGGCUUUGGGAGGAUUCCUACACCAGCUGAAGACGGCGUCUCAGGCCCAGCUCUUCCAUUCGGUUACGGACACGGUCGACUACUCUCUGGCCAUGCCAGGAGAAGUUAAGUCCACGCAGGAUCGCAAAAGUGCCCUGCACCUGUUCCGCCUGGGGGAUGCCAUGCUAAGGAUUGUGCGGAGCAAAGCCCGGCCCCUGCUCCACGUGAUGCGCUGCUGGAGCCUCGUCGCCCCGCACCUGGUGGAGGCUGCCUGCCACAAGGAGCGGCACGUGUCUCAGAAGGCCGUGUCCUUCAUCCAUGACAUCCUGACCGAGGUCCUCACUGACUGGAAGGAGCCACCCCACUUUCACUUUAACGAAGCCCUCUUCCGGCCUUUUGAGCGAAUCAUGCAGCUAGAGCUGUGCGAUGAAGACGUCCAAGACCAGGUAGUCACCUCCAUUGGCGAGCUGGUUGAGGUGUGCUCCACGCAGAUCCAGUCAGGAUGGAGACCCCUGUUCAGUGCCCUGGAAACUGUUCACAGCGGGAACAAAUCGGAGGUGAAGGAGUACCUGGUUGGGGACUACUCCAUGGGAAAGAGCCAGGCUCCGGUGUUUGAUGUGUUCGAAGCUUUUCUCAAUACUGAAAACAUCCAGGUCUUUGCUAAUGCGGCCACCAGCUAUAUCAUGUGCCUUAUGAAGUUUGUCAAAGGACUGGGGGAGGUGGACUGUAAAGAGAUUGGUGACUGUCUCCCUGGACCAGGGACCACAUCCACAGACCUGUGCCUCCCGGCCCUGGAUUACCUCAGGCGUUGUUCUCAGUUACUGGCCAAAAUCUACAAAAUGCCCUUGAAGCCAAUAUUCCUCAGCGGGCGGCUGGCUAGCUUGCCCCGGAGACUUCAGGAGCAGUCAGCAAGUAGUGAGGAUGGAAUUGAGUCGGUCCUGUUGGAUUUCGAUGACGAUACUGGUCUGAUAGAAGUUUGGAUCAUCCUCCUGGAGCAGCUAACUGCAGCUGUGUCCAAUUGUCCACGACAGCACCAGCCGCCAACCCUGGAUUUACUCUUUGAGCUGUUGAGAGAUGUCACCAAAACUCCUGGACCGGGCUUUGGAAUCUAUGCAGUCGUUCACCUUCUCCUUCCGGUGAUGUCCCUUUGGCUCCGCCGUAGCCAUAAAGACCAUUCCUACUGGGAUGUGGCCUCAGCUAACUUCAAGCACGCCAUUGGUCUGUCCUGCGAGCUAGUGACGGAGCACGUUCAAAGCUUCCUCCACUCAGACAUCAGGUAUGAGAGCAUGAUCAACACUAUGCUGAAGGAUCUCUUUGAGCUGCUGGUGGCGUGCGUGGCCAAACCCACCGAAACUAUCUCCAGAGUGGGCUGUUCCUGCAUCAGGUAUGUCCUGGUGACGGCCGGCCCUGUGUUCACUGAGGAGAUGUGGCGGCUUGCCUGCUGCGCCCUGCAGGAUGCCUUCUCUGCCACCCUCAAGCCAGUGAAGGACCUGCUGGGCUGCUUCCACAGCGGUACAGAGAGCUUCAGCGGGGAAGGCUGCCAGGUGCGGGUGGCAGCCCCGUCCUCCUCCCCCAGUGCCGAGGCUGAGUACUGGCGCAUCCGGGCCAUGGCCCAGCAGGUGUUUAUGUUGGACACCCAGUGUUCGCCGAAGACACCCAACAACUUCGACCAUGCCCAGUCCUGCCAGCUCAUCAUUGAACUGCCUCCUGAUGAGAAGCCCAAUGGGCACACCAAAAAGAGCGUUUCCUUCCGGGAAAUCGUGGUGAGCUUGCUGUCGCACCAGGUGCUGCUGCAGAACCUCUACGACGUCCUGCUGGAGGAGUUCGUCCAGGGCGCGUCCCCGGGAGAAGAGAAGGCCGCGCAGGCCCCGGACGCCAAGCUGGCCGGCUUCCUCAGGUACAUCUCCAUGCAGAACCUGGCCGUCAUCUUCGACUUGCUGCUCGACUCCUACCGGACGGCCCGCGAGUUCGACACGAGCCCGGGGCUCAAGUGCCUGCUAAAGAAAGUGUCAGGCAUCGGGGGCGCAGCCAACCUCUACCGCCAAUCGGCCAUGAGUUUCAACAUCUACUUCCACGCCCUGGUGUGCGCGGUGCUCACCCUCCAGGACACCAUCACGGCCGAGCACGUGAAGAGGGUCCUGUUCGAGGACGACGAGAGGAGCUCGGACUCCUCGCAGCCGUGCUCGUCGGAGGACGAGGACAUCUUCGAGGAGACGGCGCAGGUGAGCCCGCCGCGGGGCCGCGAGCAGAGGCGCCGGCGCGCCCGUGCGCCCUCGCUCAGCGCGCAGCCGGCCAGCAACGCCGACUGGGUGUGGCUGGUCAAGCGGCUGCACAAGCUGUGCAUGGAGCUGUGCAACCACUACAUCCAGAUGCACCUGGACCUGGAGAGCGGCGCCGAGGAGCCGCCCGCCUUCAAGGGCGACCCCUUCUUCACGCUCCCCUCCUUCCAGUCCGAGUCCUCCACGCCGUCCACGGGGGGCUUCUCCGGGAAAGACACUCCCCCCGAGGAUGACCGCGCGGAGCCCCCCGCGGAGCCCCCCGCGAGCCUGCGUGCGGGCGGCGGAGACACCCUCGCGCUGCCCCCCACCAGCCCCAAGCUGGACAGGAAGGACCCCGGCCGCAAGAAAGAGUGGUGGGAAAGCGCGGGCAACAAGAUCUACACCAUGGCCGCAGACAAGACCAUCUCCAAGCUGAUGGGCGAGUACAAGAAGAGAAGGCAGCAGCAGCAGCAUAACCUGCCCGCCUUCCCCAGGGAGGUCAAGGUGGAGAAGAAGGGUGAGCCCCUGGCACCCCGAGGCCCCGACUCCCCGCUGCUUCAACGGCCCCAGCAUCUGGUGGAUCAAGGCCAGAUGCGCCACUCCUUCAGCGCAGGCCCCGAGCUCCUGAGGCUGGAGAAGAGGCCCCGCUCGGGGUCCACGGGCAGCUCCCUGAGUGUCUCCGUGAGGGAUGCCGAGGCCCAGAUCCAGGCGUGGACCAACAUGGUGCUCACAGUACUCAACCAGAUUCAGAUCCUCCCAGACCAGACCUUCACUGCCCUCCAGCCCGCAGUGUUCCCCUGCAUCAGCCAGCUGACCUGUCACGUGACUGACAUCCGCGUUCGCCAGGCCGUGAGGGAAUGGCUGGGCCGCGUGGGCCGUGUCUAUGACAUCAUUGUGUAGAAGACUGAAAUUCCAUCCCCAAGGAAAUACCAAGGGUCCAAGUCCGCCUUUUCCAUACUGGUAACAGUCUCCCUACCCCUAGCCCCACUUAAACUAGGUCUCUGAGAAGUGAGUUCUUUGAAACCUAACUCACAAAGCUUCUCCAAGCACUCCCUAACUAGACUUGGGCCAUUCUGGGUACCACGGUGGUAUCCAGGGGACAGAGUGACCCUCUGAUUUUGCACAUUAUCACACAAGAGUCUACAUUCCUUAAUACAUUUCUAAAUCCUGAAAUCAAUUUCCAAGUGCUUUUGCAUCGUUGUCCCCAGAUGGGUCAUUUUCAAGGACCUCUCCUUUGAAAACCCUACAUUGAACCCUCAUUUUAAAAAUAAGUGCAAGUCCUAAGAGAAUAUCUGCUGGUAAGUCAAGCUGAUAGAUAAACAGUCAUGUAUCUAGUGCCAGUCAUUAUUAAUCAGAAGUAAAUUUAUAUUCUGAUUAUAGGUUUGGCUGGGAAGAAAACUGCAACAAUGUACUUUUUUCAGUAUCACAAUCAAGAAACAAAUGACUAUAAAAUAUCCCACAGUGUUUUCACAUUAAGCCUAAGUUGCUAUGAUUUUCAGGUUACUAUUCACCAACUGCCCCACAUAAGGUACUGCUGUGCCUUUCUUCCUUAUACGUAAAAGACGAAAAUUCUUUCCUGGCAGGGUUUGAAGUCUGUGGCUUGGCAGCAUUUAAUAGGAAGCACCCUGUGGUAUAUCAACUGAUGUGUACAUUGUCAGGACACUCAAUGCUGACUAUUCUAUGGGCCCCGUUAGUCUUGGCUUCUGCUUCCAAGGCAGACAAGGAAAGGAAAGAAAAAUGGUGCCUUAGUCUUUUGUUGCACAGACAUUUCUAUGCCCCAUAAUUAUUGAACGUAAGGUACAACAACACUUGGUUUUUAAGAGAACAAAAUAUUAAGAUGAAACACUUUUUUAUAUCAAUACCUUUGGAGGAAAAAGAACUGAGAAUCCUCCAUCCAGUGAGCAGACUUCUCAGGGACGGGGGUAGGAAGUGUUGCGUAGGGAGACAGCUGGAAGGGGAGGGGGAAGGGAUGAUGAUAGGUUCAUUUUAAAUUUUAAGCUACGAUACAUCAGUUUUGAAAUUAAAGCGUCAGUUGUACAAGCUUUAGACUGAAUGGGAAGGGACUUGAUGAAUUUAGAAGAUUAAUUUUUAUAUUUAAAACACUGCUCCUCUCUCACAAGUCCAUCUAUGUUUUAAGUCUUUUUAUUCAGACCAGUUUUAAGUAGCUAUUUCUUUUCCUAAGUAUUAUUAGAAAACAAAUUAGAAGCCCUUACUUUAUUGCAGUGUGUAUGUAUGUAUAUCUACACACACAUAUACACAUACAGGGGUGCUAGGGAUUGAACCUAGGGUUUUGUUGGUGUUUAAUCGCCUACUGUACCACUAAGCUAUACCCUCCAGCACUUACCACAGAAUAUUUUGUAUUUUUGACAUUAUAAUAGUGACUGAACCUUUUUAAUCAGGCCCACUAAUACAAUCUAAAAAUUAGAAUGAGUUACUAAGGCAUAUGUGAUCAUUAACCAGUGCCAAAAAUAUAUAUAUUCUUAUAUCAUCCUUUAAAAGAAUAAAACAUCGAUCCUGCAGUAUUGAAGUAAGGAUUUGAAAUGGGUUGAAAAACUUUAUACAGUGACGAGUAUCCAUGAAGCUUGCUGUCCACUAGAACUAUGUAGCACUUUACAAGGUCAAGAGAAAAGUAAUACUCUCUGGCUUGCUUAGGUGAUCAUAAAGAUGGUCAUCUAAGAGAUCACCACAGGAUCUAGAGAGCACUUUUUUUUUGUUCCACAAAACAUUUACUUUGCCUUCAGAGGCACUGAUUCAACUUGGAUAAUCAUUUGAGUUUAAAAACAUCUUUUUGCUUAGUUUGUCUGUUUUGUAGUACUGAGAAUCAAACCCAGGGCCUCACUAAUGCUACACAAGUGAUCUCUACCACUGUUCUGUAUUUACACACACACCCCAAUUAUUAGUUCUUAAUGCACAGUGAAUUACAUGAACAGCGUUGAGCCAGGUUCUAUCUAUAACUUGAUAAUGUUUAUACUUUGCAAAGAGUUGAAAGUUGGUAAAGGCUCUUCCUUCCUUCUUAUUUCUCCCUUUCUCCCUCUUUCUCCUUCCUUCCUUAGUCCUUUUCUUUUUCAACAAAAGCUGAACAGUAUGGUUGUUUGAUUAUUUUUAUAGUUUCUCUGGAGUUGUGUUCUUGGUGAGUCUGUCAGUAUACCUCAGUUUCCUUGCAAUAGGGAGCUUCAGUAAUCCAGAGAGCACUUACAAUAUGUUCAUACAGGACUGGAGAGAUGGUUUAGUGGUUAAGGCUCUUUCCUGAGAAGCCUAAGGACCUGUAUUCUAUCUGUCUCCAGAUCCUACGUAAGCCAGACAUGCAAAAGGUAAG